AUGAUUAAAGGUCACAAGAAUGAACUUGGCAUUGAGCUGUUUCUGGUGGCUGACAGACAAGAGUUCUUGAAACACAACGAGGACCUCAAGAAAACCCAGCAGUACUUAAUCAGCUUGGCCUACCACUUGCACCAGAUCUACUAUUCACAGCUGAAUAUUAAAAUCUUCCUGGUCGGGAUUGAGAUCUGGAACAAGGAAAACAAAGUGCCCAUCAGCUAUAAUUCCUCCAUAGCUCUUCGUGACUUCAUGAGAUGGAGUAGCACUGAACUGUUGCCACGGAAACACUACGACUAUGCUCAGCUCAUCAGUGGGGUGUCGUUCAGUGAAUACUCACUCGGCGAGACUUACCUGGCAAAGAUGUGUACGGGGGACAUGAGCGGAGGAGUGGUGAAGGACACGAAACUCGGUAGCAGGAAAGUGGCCAACUAUGUCACGCAUGAAAUCGGUCACAACCUGGGAAUGCCUCAUGACGAUAAGCACUCCCAUUGUCCAGCUGGCCAGGGCACUUGCUUAAUGUCCAGAUACAGCAGAUUGUGGGAGAUCCCAAUGUUCAGUGACUCCAGUAAAAACCAUCUGAACAGGUUUCUGACUGACAAGAACAAGGACAUCAGCUGCUUAUUGGAUCAACCAGACAAUUGGAUAUAUUUGGGAAGAGCGUUGGAAAAUGAUUCAAUCCUAAACUACAGAAUUGGCAUGUUGUUGUUGGGAUUUCUGCUGCUGUUGAUUUCUGCUGGACUGAUAGUGCUGAUAGCCUUUCACAAGAGUGAGCUCGAGAACAAGACAAGACCCAAGAUGGUGGGAUGUAAUGUCUAAAUCAGCCCCAGUGGGUCAGGACCACUGAGUCUGUGUGUGUUUGAGGAGCAUCCUCCUUUUGCAAGAAAAAAAGGGAGCAACGAGUGCGAGGCAAGGAACCUACCUUCCGAAACCUUUCAGAAGCCUUCUUCCCUGCAUCCGAGUCUACCUCUGUGCGGAACGGGAGAGAUGUGAGCAAGGGUAGGGUCAGGGCACUACAGAGCACCUUUCACUAUCUCCCCACAGGACUCUCCAAGCAGAACACAGGACGUUCUUUUUUUUACUCUUUUUUUCCCCCCAACCACUAUG